CUCUCGACCCAGGCACCCAUUUCUCUCCUAAACUCUCUAGCUCACUCAAACUCUCUCAAAUUUGAUCUACUUUCAAGUGUUGAGACAAAACCAAAACCAUGCCGGUGGGAGAGCUCUUUCUCUCUGCAUUCCUUCAGGUGCUGUUUGACAGACUGGCAUCCAGAGAGUUGUUGCAGCUUGCACUUCAAGAUGAUGUACUUUCAGAGCUAGAAAAGUGGGGAACAAGGUGGAGCUAUAUUGAUGCACUGCUCAUUGAUGCAGAGGAGAAGCAACUGACUAACAGAGCUGUGAAAAUGUGGCUUGAUGAUCUCCAAGAUUUGGCUUAUGAUGUGGAGGACAUUCUUGACGAGUUUGACACUCAUGCUUUAGAGCUUAAAAUUAUGGCAGAUCGUCAUCCUAGCAUCGGGUGUGUACGGAACAUCAUCCCGGAUUGUUUCAGUAGUUUGAGUCCUCAUGCUAUUAAGUUCAAAGUCAGCAUGAAGUCGAAAAUUAAAGAUAUCAACAGCCAGUUCGAAGACCUCUAUGAAGCAAAAGAUAAUCUUGGUUUGACAACAGCAAUUUCUGGAGGCUCAUCAACUGCUGCAUACCGAAGACUAGCAGAUACAUGUGUGCCAACCGAACCUGGUGUUUAUGGGAGAGAUGAUGAUAAAGCCAGAAUACUUGAAAUGGUGUUGCGGGAUGAACCCAGCAAUGCCAAAUUUCAUGUUAUAACCAUUGCCGGUAUGGGAGGAAUUGGCAAAACUACGCUCACUCGAGAAGUCUACAAUGACAAGGAGGUGAAAGAUUUCAACCCAAAAGUAUGGGUUUCUGUCUCCGAGGAUUUCGAUGUUCAAAGAAUCUCCAAGGCAAUCCUCGAGUCAAUCAAGCUUUCCCCAUGCUGUUUAACGGAUUUAAAUCCGAUUCAACUUACAAUGUCAGAGCAAUUACGUGAUAAAAAAUUCUUUCUUGUUUUAGAUGAUGUUUGGAGUGAGGGAGAUAUUAAUAACAACUGGGAGUCUCUAAAAUCUCCUUUUAUGGUUGGAGCACCAGGAAGUAAGAUAGUUGUGACAACACGCGAUAGAAGGGUUGCAUCAACAAUGGGAAACGAUGAAUGUUAUAACUUGGAGCUUCUUUCAGACCAUGACUGUUGGGCUAUAUUCAAGAAACAUGCAUUUCAGGGCAAAGACGUUGAUCCAGAUGGAAUCUCAGACUUUGUUCGUGAGAAAGUUGUUGAAAAGUGCAAAGGUUUGCCUUUAGCUGCAAGGGCUCUUGGUGGCUUUCUACGUUCUGAGUAGAUAAAUAAAUGGAAAUCUAUACUGAAUGAGAAGUUAUCGGAUGAAAAUAAUAAGAUUCUACCGGUAUUAAGAUUAAGCUACAAUCAUCUUUCUUUUCAUUUAAAAAGAUGUUUUACUUAUUGUGCUAUUUUUCCAAAGAACUAUGAGUUCGUGGAGAAACAUCUCAUCUUUUUAUGGAUGACACAAGGCCUUAUUCAACCAUUACGAACCGAUAGUCCAUUAGAAGAAAUAGGUGGUACAUAUUUUGACAGUCUGUUGUCAAGAUCCCUUUUUCAAAAAUCAGGAAAAGAUGAUUCCACAUUCGUAAUGCAUGAUCUCGUCCAUGAUCUAGCGCAAUCAGUUUCUCAAAGAACAUGCUUCGAGUUGAAGAAUAAACUGGGACGUAACAAGAAAUGUAUCAAAAUAGCUCGCUAUUCUUCUUACAUUUCCGGUAAUUAUGAUGGCAAGAAUAAAUUUGAAGUCCUCUUUGAAGCCGAGCGCCUAAGAACUUUCUUGCCAGUGCGGCUAUAUAAUGAUGGUACUCGUUACAUAACUUCUCUGGUUCUUCAUGAUAUGUUGCCAAAGCUGAAAAAACUGAGGAUGCUAUCUUUAGCAACAUAUUAUAUCACCAAACUACCAGAUUC